AUGGUCACGUCCCUCACGCGAGCCGCCCUUUCGCGGGCAGCUCCCGUGUCCUCCAGCCUCGCGGUCGCUCGUCUCUUUUCCACGUCCACCCAGGCGAGGCUCCCGUCCAGCUUCGCGACGCCGCUGCCAUCCUACUUUCAGAAGCCGCGUCUGCCGGCGAACACGGUCGUGCGCUUCGUGCCGCAGCAGACGGCAUGGAUCGUCGAGCGCAUGGGCAAGUUCAACCGCAUCCUGGAGCCGGGCCUCGCGAUCCUCAUGCCCUUCAUCGAUCGCAUCGCCUACGUGAAGAACCUGAAGGAGGUGGCCAUUGAGAUUCCGAGCCAGAGCGCCAUCACGGCCGAUAACGUGACGCUCGAGCUCGACGGCGUCCUGUUCACGAGAGUGUUUGAUGCCUACAAGGCGAGCUACGGCGUCGAAGAUGCAGAAUAUGCCAUCUCUCAACUGGCGCAAACGACGAUGCGGUCCGAAAUCGGUCAGCUCAGCCUCGAUCACGUGCUCAAGGAGCGUGCCGCGCUCAACACCAACAUCACGGCCGCCAUCAACGACGCCGCCGAGGCUUGGGGCGUCACCUGCUUGCGAUACGAAAUCCGAGACAUUCAUGCGCCCGCGGCUGUCGUCGAGGCCAUGCACCGCCAGGUCACGGCCGAGCGCUCCAAGCGGGCCGAGAUUCUCGACUCCGAAGGACAGCGGCAGAGCGCCAUCAACAUCGCCGAGGGCAAGAAGCAGAGCGUCAUUCUCGCGUCCGAGGCCCUUCGUGCCGAGCGCGUCAACACGGCGGACGGUGAUGCGCAGGCGAUCCUGCUGAAGGCUCGGGCCACCGCCCAGGGCAUCGAGGCCGUUGCCCGGAGCAUCACGGACGGCGAGGAAGGUGCCCGGGGAGCCGUCAGCUUGACGGUGGCGGAAAAGUACGUCGAUGCCUUUGGGAAGCUGGCCAAGGAGGGCACGGCCGUCGUGGUGCCCGGCAAUGUCGGCGACAUUGGCGGCAUGAUUGCCACGGGCCUCAGCGUCUACGGCAAGGUUGGCGAGGCUCAGGCCCGGUCCAUGGCCCAAAAAUCCGUCGCCGCCCCUCGUGCCGAGACUGGCGAGCAAAAGGCCGUCGAUCAGGCCUCAUCAGAACAGAGCGUGCCGGAACCCGGCAAGCAGGACAUGAAGGAGACGGUGCUUGACAGUUUCAACCAAGCAACGCUGAGUCGGUAA